GUUCAAAUGGCUUCGAAUGGAACAAGUCAAAGGUAAUGGGUCGGCCUCCAGUGAGUCCGGAUGGUCAUUGAGUCGCCCAGCUCCAAGUCUUUUUUGUUGAGUCAGUGAGAAUGUUGUUGCUGAAGAAGAUGAGAUUGUAAAAUGGAGUUGGAUGAUGGAUUACUCUGUUGAUCCUAAAGAAGCUGCGGCAUAGGACAAGCGACGAGAUCGUGACUUAUAGGAUAAUGCAACUGCAACAUCCAGCUCCUCAACGUGCUAAGCGGCGAGAAAUCUCCAACUCUUGACUUGAUAGAGAUAUGAUGUCAACUGGGUGGAUUCUAGAGUCAUAGAUCUCGAAGAUCCUUGCAGUGUCACCGGUCUCAUCUGACUAGGUAAGCGCUCAGUUUGUGAAUAUUCCCCAAAGAAGACCCUCCUGUUGAUGCCAAAGUCAAUAAUCGGUAUAGUGAUGAUAAACAAAUUUGUAUAAAAUUAUUGCAUAUGAGCCCAUUGGUCACGGACGGGUGAACAAAAAAUAAAGAUCACUAACUAGAGAUUAUUAUUUAAAUUAAAAUUGCUCUAGUUAAAAGUCUGAGCAUGGAAUAAAUUAACAGUACGUAGCAUAAUAGCCUGAGAUAAGAAGGUUCACUUAUCUAGACAGAGAGGAGAAACCUCUGUAUACUCAUAGCAGGCCAUAAAUCAAUGAUGAUGACAACCACUUCCUCGUUUCUCUCGUCGCGGUGCUCUCUGCUUACUUCUCAAGGGCCAAACCGGCAAAUGCAAUGGAAAAGACACGAAAAGAGACAGUUCUCGAGAAAGGUAGCUGUUUCUGGUGUUGCCAGAGCGGGAUUUGAGCUUAAGCCACCUCCCUAUCCUCUUGAUGCUCUAGAACCGCAUAUGAGCCGGGAAACACUGGAUUAUCAUUGGGGCAAGCAUCACAAAACUUACGUUGAGAACCUGAACAAGCAAAUCCUAGGCACAGAUCUAGAUGGAUUGUCAUUGGAAGAGGUUGUGCUUCUUUCAUACAACAGAGGCAAUAUGCUUCCUGCCUUCAAUAACGCCGCACAGGCAUGGAACCACGAGUUCUUCUGGGAGUCUAUCCAACCUGGAGGUGGAGGAAAGCCAACUGGAGAUCUCCUCAGACUGAUUGAGAGAGAUUUUGGGUCUUUUGAUGACUUUGUAGAAAGGUUCAAGGCAGCUGCAUCCUCCAACUUUGGUUCAGGUUGGACUUGGCUUGCAUACAAGGCGAAUAGACUUGACGUUGCAAAUGCAGUAAACCCUCUUCCAAAGGAGGAAGACAAGAAGCUUGUGAUAGUAAAAACUCCCAAUGCAGUGAAUCCACUCGUAUGGGACUAUUCUCCACUUCUCACCAUUGAUACCUGGGAGCACGCUUACUAUCUGGAUUUUGAGAACCGAAGAGUCGAAUACAUAAAUACAUUCAUGGAAAAGCUUGUGUCAUGGGAAACUGUAAGCACAAGGCUAGAAUCUGCAAUGGCUCGAGCAGCUCAAAGAGAACAAGAAGGCACUGAUACAGAAGAUGAAGAGAUUCCAGAUGAUGAAGAGCCAGAGGUUUACUUAGAUGAUGCAUCUGAGGAGGUUGACUAAAAAGAACUAUCAAUGAUAAACAUUUAGCUUCUGAACGAAAUAUCAAUUACAGAUCCUAAGCUUUGUGUUUAUUAAAUAAAUUCUGUGGUUUCUUUGAAAAACAAAACAAAAACUUAAAGUUACAUA